GGUUGAUACUUCGACAGUCUAUUCCGAUGGCCAUCACUCCGACCGCGGAUGGCGCCGAAGUUACGCUUCUACAAGACACCGUGGAUGGUUCCGUUGACUUCAAAGGCCGUCCGGUCAGCAGAUCCUGCUCCGGAGGAUGGCGAUCGGCCGCUUUCAUCAUAGCUGUUGAAGUGUCGGAGAGGUUUGCUUAUUACGGCAUCAGUUCGAACCUCAUAACGUACCUCACGGGGCAGCUUGGUCAGUCUACGGCCACCGCGGCUGAGAAUGUCAACGCGUGGUCCGGCACGGCCACGCUGCUGCCCCUUUUGGGGGCGUUCGUCGCCGAUGCUUAUCUUGGACGCUACCGCACCAUUAUUGCUGCUUCUCUCAUCUACAUUUUGGUUAGUCCGUUUCUAUAUUGUUGUGGGGAAGCAAGGAAACAAUGCAGCAUUCAAGAUGUUGAAGAUGCCAAGGCAUUGCUAAGGCUCAUUCCCAUAUGGACAACAUGCCUGGGGUACGCCAUAAUGUUUGCACAAGCCUCAACUUUCUUCACAAAGCAAGGGGCCACCAUGGACAGAACAGUUUUCCCUGGCUUUGAAAUUCCAGCUGCUUCACUUCAAUUCUUCAUUGGCAUCUCCAUCAUCAUCUUCAUUCCUAUCUAUGACCGUUUUUUUGUCCCUGCAGCAAGAGCUCUAACCCGUCAACCCUCUGGUAUCACCAUGCUCCAAAGAAUUGGAACUGGGUUAUUUCUGUCUGCCAUUUGCAUGGUGGUUGCAGCUCUAGUUGAGAUGAAAAGGCUCAAAACAGCAUUAGAGUACGGGCUUGUGGAUAACCCAAAUGCCACAGUUCCCAUGAGUGUGUGGUGGAUGGUUCCUCAAUAUCUCAUUUUCGGUCUUGCUGAUGUCUUCACCAUUGUUGGUAUGCAAGAAUUCUUCUAUGAUCAGGUACCAAAUGAAUUGAAGAGCAUGGGACUUUCCUUUUAUCUCAGUGUCAUUGGUGUGGGGAGCUUUUUAAGCAGUCUUCUUGUUUCUGUCAUUGAUAAAUUAAGUGGAGAUACCUGGUUUUCAAGCAAUCUUAAUCAAGCUCAUCUUGAUUACUUCUACUGGUUGCUUGCUGGGCUCAACAUGGUGGGGCUGGCAGCAUUCGCGUAUUUUUCCAGGUCUUAUGUUUAUAAUAUGGGGAUGGGAAGUUCAUCAUCUAAUUAGAUUUUUUUUCUUUUUACUUGGGAAAGUUAAAAAGAAAGGCCAUAAUCUUGUAUAUGCAAGCAGUGGCGGAAUCAGGAUUUUGUUCUAGGGCCUCUACCUUAGUUUCUGUUUCAUGGUUCCACCUAGGAUUGUUAACGAGUAGGGUGGCUCUAGUCCGUGUGUUCUCAAGUUAACUUGAACUUGAUUUAUUUGGUAAACGGUUUGAGUUUGAUAAAGAAACAAGUUUGAUCUGG